AUGAUAUUUCUCAGAAGCUUUUGUGAUGCAACUAUUUCGGAUUUGCAUUUGCGUUGUGGAAUCGAAUGUGGACCUGUGUCGUGCGGAAUAUUUGGACUAACGAAAUGGCAUUAUGAUGCAGUUGGAUAUCCCAUUGAAGAAGCUAUUUAUUUGGAACGUAUCGCUCCCGAAAGUGGAAUAUAUGUUGCUGAAUUAGCAAAGCAACAAUUAGAAGACAAAAGUAAUUAUCGUUUUGAAAAAAUGGGACAGUUUUGGCGUGUAGUAAAUAAUCAACAUGAUGCAGUUGAUAGCAAUUUACCGUCAACGAUACUCUUCCCAAAUUUGAAACGAUUUUCGUUGGUUACAGUACCACAGGCUGUAAACAGAUUACUUCAGACUAUUUCUUGCAGUAGUGAUUCGUUGCUGAAGAAUAAUGCUUCAAUGGGUGGAAGAAGAAAGAAGUUUGUCAUUUCAUUGAAAAUUUAA